GCCUCGUUCGUCGUACAAUAUAUCAUAGCGAAAAAUUAUUAUCGCCCAGUUCUUUACAUAUUUUUGUUAUUUUUUUUUGAACCAAACAAUAACCAAGAUAAAGCCCGCAAGUACAGAAAAGUGGCAGUGCAGCUGGGAGAGUUUGUGGAGAGUAAGCCAAGCAGAGAAACUGCCAAGGAAGCGCUGCCAGUUGCAUCUCAUUUGGAAUUCGAAUUCAAAUUGGAAUUGAGAUCGGACCAGGAAGUGAGCGCACCAGCAACAGUAACAGCAAUAGCAACAACCAAGGAUGGCAUUGGAAAGCGGCACACAAACGGGCAGCAAUGCGCUGACAUCAUCAUUCACAACAAAAAAGAAGGAUGCCGCCGCGGAAAAGGAGAAUCUGUGGUCGGCAAUAUUGAAUGAAGUACAAACACAGGGCAGCACAAAACUUCCAUCAAACAAAUCUGUACUAGUAUUAGGCGAUAAUGCCACCGGCAAGACAACUCUCAUUGCCAAACUUCAGGGUGUGGAGGAUCCCAAAAAAGGUUCCGGCCUGGAGUAUGCCUAUAUUGAUGUCAAAGACGAGUACAGAGACGACAUGACGCGUUUGGGUGUUUGGGUCCUGGACGGUGAUCCAGGACACACAAAUCUGCUACACUUCGCGCUCAACGAAACGAACUAUGCACACACACUCGUCAUACUCACAGUGUCGAUGACCCAGCCAUGGGGCUGGCUGGAGCAGCUCAAUCAUUGGAUCAAAGUCCUCGGAAAGCAUAUCGAGAGCCUGCCACUGGAGGCUAAGGAUAAGGAGACGGCACGCCAGCGACUGGCCACAACGUGGCAGAGCUAUUGCGAGGUCGGCGAUGACCUGGACCCCGGCUCACCCGUCAAACGGACCAUGCGCAACAACUCAAUCGAUGAGGAUGACCUGUUGCCGCUGACAGAGGACGCACUAAUUACAAAUCUGGGUCUCGAUAUAGUCGUUGUGGUCACAAAGACGGACUACAUGACCACAUUGGAGAAGGAGUACGAGUACCGGGAUGAGCAUUUUGAUUUUAUUCAGCAAUGGAUACGCAACUUUUGCCUACGAACCGGCGCCUCGCUCUUCUAUACGAGCGUCAAAGAAGAUAAGAACUGUGAUCUCCUCUACAAAUAUCUAACGCAUCGAAUUUAUGGCCUACCAUUUCGUACGCCAGCGCUAGUCGUUGAAAAGGAUGCGGUACUCAUUCCAGCUGGUUGGGAUAGCCUCAAGAAGAUUAGUAUUUUGUAUGAGAAUAUGCAUGGCAUCAAGGCCGAAAGUCCCUACACAGAUGUCAUCAAGGCGCCGCCCACACGAAAGGCGGUGUCCAAUCGCGAGGUGGAAGUGCAAACGGAGGACGAGCAGACCUUUCUGGCCCGCCAACAGGAGACACUCAAGCAGGCUGGACAGGAUCGUGGAGAAUCACCGCUGCGUUCGCAGGGCGGUGGCAGUGUUGGAGGUGGCAAUAAGAGUGUGCCACGCACGCCUGGCAGCACCGGACAGAGCUCACCCAAGAAGAUUGAUCCCAAGCUGACGCCAGCCACGCCCGGCGGCGAGGGUGUUCUGGCCAAUUUCUUCAACUCACUGCUACACAAAAAGUCUGGCAGCCCGGCUGGCGGUGCAGGGCCACCGGGCACCGGCACACCCGCAGGCACAACGCGCACCACCAAUGGCACCGACAGCCUCAUGACGCCCGAGAAGUUGGCCGUCCGUUCUGAUGCGGCCGCCGAGUUGGAUCGACUGUCGCGCAGCGUCAAAAAGGAGAUUGAUAUGUCACAGAGUGAGUGUUGAAAAACACACAACACCAGCCCUCAGCAGCAGCAGCUUCUACAGCGGCAGCACCAACAACAGCAACAACAACAACAACAACAACAACAGAACCAGAACAACAUUAUAAGACAUCUUUAAGCAAAAAGUGGAAUGCAGAGAGGCUCGUAAGAUAAGUGAAAGAGAGAGAGAGAGGGAACAAAAGAAGGGGACAACAGCAUUUUGGAUCAUUCAAUGGCCAAAUAGUUGUUGUUGUGCAAAUGGAUGUUUUGAUCAUUGUGUUUUAUACCUUAGAAAUGAUAAGAAUUAAUGAGUUGAAUCUUUUCAUUUCAAUUUCGUUUAAAUUCCGAUUUUAACCAUCAGCAGCAGCAAUCGUAAAUCGUAUGAUUGAAAUGCGGAAACUGAUUAAAAUCAAUUAAAUUAUUUUAUUAGCAAAUUUUGAGAAGUUCGAUUAAAAGCUGUAAUUUUUAGAAAAUCGUUCGCUAACAAAUGAGAAUUAAAAGUGAAGCAUAUUAGGUACAAAAGUGACAGCACUCCAAAGCUGGCUUCCAUUCUCAUCAAGUGAUCAAAACCAUGCUUGAAAUGAAACACAAAAUCAACUCCUUAAGCGAGAAACUCAUUUGAUGAGUUUCAUGACCAAUUUCGGGCUUUCCAUCAGGCACUCUAAAAUGGGUUUUUAUUUUUACGAGCCUCCUGCGACUCAUACUCAAAAACGUUCGAUAGGAAAUUAAAUACGAAAACACAUUGGCACUUAAUGGUUCGGCCUAGCAAAAAAAAAAGAAAUGUAUGCUAUAUAUUUUAAGUGAACUUGUCUGCUAGGCAUAUUGAUUCCUCUGCUCGCGCAGCGAUUUGGGUCAGCGCAUGUGGGGAGAAGGUGAUGAUGAUGAUGAUGAUGAUGAUGAUGUUGGAAGGAAUUCAAGUAAUAAUACAAAUCACAUAAGUAAAACGUUUUUUUUUGUUCCCGCGGGUCCACACACGUUUGUAUAAUAACUUAUUUAAAUGCUGUAAAAUGUAAACGAAACGAUGGAAAGGGAUGGGAAGGGAAGGAGUGUGGGAAAAUUGAGAGAUUCUAAAAGUGCAAGAUGGCCCCAGAGGAAUCGUGAUAGUUGGGGCCUACACACACACACACACACACACACGCGCCUAAAUGUAGCUCGAUAGCUUGUAUGUAUAUUUUAAUUAUAGUAAUUAAUUACACACACACGCUGGCCUAUAUACACCAUACAGACACUGUAAUUGUAUUAGUUUCCUUUCGUAACACCGUAAAUCCGUAAGCAGAAAAACAGUUUAUAACAUUAUUUAUACAUCA